AUCCCGUUAGAUUUCGUGCUAAGUUCCGGACGGAUUACGGAGUGAAAUGUCUGCCUAAUCUCAAAUCCGAAACCGUAGAUGUCUGCCGCUCUCGCGCGCUGAGUCGGGCGCAUAAACAUAAAACAACGUUGACGGGGUAGAUCGUACGAUGGAGGUAACUCGCGAAAAUUUUCAGAGAGUCCUUGAAGAUCUAAAUGAAGUUCUUCAGAACGCUUCAUUUUUGGCAAUUGACGGGGAGUUUACAGGACUCAAUUCUGGUCCAGAUGCUAGCGCCUUUGACACUCCAUCUCAGUACUACGCUAAGCUUAGAUCUGGUUCGAUGGAUUUUUUGCUUGUACAAUUUGGAUUGUCUGUCUUCACUUUUAACAAAGAUGAAAACAAAUACCUUCAGCGAUCGUAUAAUUUUUACGUAUUCCCAAGACCUUUGAAUCGUGCAGCUCCUGACUGUCGAUUUAUGUGCCAGGCAUCGUGUAUGUCCUUUCUUGCUGAUCGGGGUUUUGACUUCAACAAACUCUUCCACAAAGGCAUACCCUAUUUGACAAGUGCCGAAGAAGAAAAGCUUGGCAAAAAAAUCGAGGAGAGGCAAAAGGCCAGAGAAGAUGCGCCGGACUUAAUUCCAAUUCCAGAAGAUGACAGACUGCAAAUUGAAGAAAUAUGCUCGAGGAUUGAUGAUUUCUUAAAUUCUGAAGCUCAGGAGUUAAUAAUCGAUAGAUGCAAUGCUUUCAUCAGGCGAAUUAUACACCAAGAAGCAAGAAUGCGAUGGCCAAACCAACUCAGGCUUGAAGGAAAAACUGAUAGUGGUGGACAGUGCUUGGUUGUCCAAAGAAUGGGAACAAAAGAAGAAGAGGAAAAAAAAGAAGCUGAGCGAAGAGAGAAGGAAAAGAUUGAAAUGCAAGAAGCAGUUGGCCUGAGUGCAUUGCUUAGAAAAAUCGCAGACUCUGGAAAACUGAUAGUCGGACACAAUAUGUUACUUGAUUUGUGUCACAUAGUGCAUCAAUUUUUCACCCCUCUUCCAGAAAGUUACUAUGAGUUCAAGUCUCUCGUUCACUGUCUAUUUCCAAAAUUAUUGGAUACAAAGAUAAUGUGUCAAUCUUCACAAUUCAGAGAAAGCAUUCCUUGCUCAAUUCUGAAUGCCCUCCACGAAACUGUGAGCAAACCGCCUUAUUGUAUACCAGAAAUUGAUGCUGUUCCUGAUCAAAGCUACAGCUCUUUGGUGGAUAAGUCUCACGAAGCUGGUUACGACGCAUACAUUACUGGAUUGUGUUUCAUUUCGUUAUCUAAUUAUUUAGGAACUUUGCAGAAGCCAGAAUCCAGUGUGGUACUCCCAAACUCGCCACUGCUCAAUCCGUUCAUGAAUAAGCUGCUUAUAACAAGAUUGAAAGAUUUCCCAUACAUAGACCUAAAGGGACAAGACCCUAAUCCUAGCAGAGAUCACGUUUUUCACAUCACGUUUCCAAAAGAAUGGAAACUCAGUGAUAUUUCGCAGCUAUUCUCCCCAUUUGGUAGCGUUCACGUUUCGUGGCUAUCGGAUACUACAGCCUACGUGGGUUUGAACAGACGAGAUCAGGCGAAUGCAGUCAAAAAACAUAAUUUUGGAAUACCAAACUUCCGCCUACAAAAAUAUGCAGAGCAUCAGUUACUUCUAGAAUCCAAAAACUCCAGUCUAGUACAACAUGGAGACAGAAAAAGAAAGCUCUCGUCGUCCGAUAACACUUCACCUACGAAAGAUCCACAGAAACCGCAGGUGCAGAAUGGUGCUGAGGAAUCGGUUGACGACGAGGGCUGGGUGAUGGCGUCAGGUAAACGACGUCGGAACCGGAAAGAGCUAUCUGCACAUUCAGCUGGCAAUUCUGGAACAGUACAAAAGAAGCCAUUCAACGAAUUGGACAGAUGGGGAUAGCUGCCUGAAUUCAUUGCAGCUACCAAAUCUCACUGUAUACAAAUUAAAUCCAAUCUGCGGUACAAAAACAUGUAUCUAUAACUGGUCGAAGAAUUAUGUAGUCUUUGAUCGAUUCGAGAUUUGUUUUAUUGUACUAAUUGUACUACAUCUAAACGAGUAUCGUCCCAGACGAAAUUAUAAAAUACCUUUUCUUAUAAUUACAAUAUAAUUGUGAUCCUGAGAAUCAUAGUUCAAAAUUUCAAUGAUCAUUCAAUUAUAGAUCAACUUCUUAGACGUUUAUUCAGUCGAACAGAUUUUUAUAUAUAUAUAUAUAUUUUUUUUUCAGUUUUUAAUCAAGUAUUUGGUACAAUAAAAUAAUUUUGUUAAUCAUACAAUAUACGAAAAAAAUAGAUCACCAAUUAAUAUCCAUA